GCCGUCUGGCAACGGUACGUAUGGUGCCUUCGUAAACACCUUUAUUUUGAGAAUUUAUCAAAGAAUGCAAAAAUGAAAACGUUUCGUACAUUGAUGUGGAUAUUAUUAAUAUUUGACAGAAAAGUGGCGCUUAAUGAAAUGAACAUUCACAGGAUGAUUUUCAGCGGAAAUUACAGCAAAGACGCUUGUCCUAAAAAGAAUGCAACAGAGGCACUUUUUGUUUACAUGUACUUAGUGAUUUACUCUGUUCAAGACAUUGAUGAAAAACAUCAGUCAAUAUCAAUAAGAACAGUACUAGAUAUUCAAUGGAAAGAUGAAUUCCUGACAUGGAAUCCUGAUGAUUUCGAUGGUGUCAAAUCAAUCACUGUUCCAGGUGAUAAAAUAUGGGUUCCUGACAUAGUAAUGCAAGACACAUUUGUGUCGGUUUUUAAUUCAAUAGAUAAAAAUGGUAGGGCAAUACUUAACUACGAUGGGCAUGUAACAAUUUGGCCAGGAGGCCUAUUUAAAGUUGCGUGUAAAAUAUCUAUUAAAAAAUUUCCGUUUGACAAACAAACAUGUCCGCUUGAUUUUCUUUCAUGGACUCGUCCUUCAACUUCGAUCCGACUAAAAAACUCAUACGCCGAAUGGAGACCACAAGAUCACAGCAUCUUAGAAAAGGGAGAAUGGUAUCUUGAAAAUGUGAGAAUAAUUAACCAAACUAAAAUAUUUGAAGGCGUGAAAUGGGAUCACGUGUUGUUCUUAAUUGAUGUUAAGAGGAAACCUCUUUUCCACGUCGUUAAUGUUAUCAUCCCUGUUAUGUUAAUAUCAAUAUUGGACGUUAUGUGUUUUGUGUUACCUUCAGAGUCAGGAGAACGGGUGGGAUUGUCGAUCUCUAUUUUCCUGACGUUAACUGUCUUCUUAUCUGCUGUAACAAGUACAUUACCCGAAUCAUCAGACGAACUAGCAAUUUUCUCUUUAUUUCUCGGUUUUCAAGUUUUAGGAAGCGCACUGUCGGUUAUUAUGACAAACAUUUCAUUGUUUUUAUACUUUAAAGAUAAACAAGAAACAUUCCCGUUAAUGGCAAUGUAUCUGGUGAAAUUAUUUUUCACGGAAAACAAGUGUAGAAAUGUUACAUGGCACACUGUAUCACAGGCUUUGGACAGACUUUGUCUUGUUUUUGCAGCUAUUUGGCAUACAGUACUAAUAUCGAGCUUUUCAAUUGCAGUUUAUCAAUAAUGAUUAAGAAUCUAAACAUUAUAACUAUUUUUGUUGGAUGAAAAUUAAAAAUACACCUUAAUUCUAAAGAAAACACAAUUCGUUACAUUUCUCAUGUAAACAUAUUAAAAUAAAAGUACUUGAAUCAGGACAUUGCCUGUAACACAAAUGGAUCUUGAUACUAUCAACAUGUACUGUACACUUAAACUUGUUAUUAUCAAAAUAUUUGAAAUGUAAUUGAAAAUAGUAUAACAUCUAUCAAUUACAAGAGGGCAUGGACCCAAACAAAAACGCGAGAAACAUUUGUCUGUGUUUGUUUACAUUUUAAUAAAAUCUUAAAAUAGAGAUAAACAAGGUAGAGCAACAUUUUCGGAAUGUAGUCCCCACAAUAUCCUUUCGCACAGUAAAAAAAUCUUGAAACAAAGUGAUCCCUCGGAAGCAUUAAUCACAACGAAAUUACAAGAGAAUUACAGACUUGGUUUGAUUGAGACUGUACAUGAGGGAUACUGAAUGAGUGCAACAUCCCUCACGCCCCCUAGCACCGGCUUGAGCAGUACUCAAUUCUCAACACUUAAUAGUGCUGGCAUCAAUGAUCCCGAAGGACCAGAAAAAUUAUAACAACACUGAAGUGAAGUACGGGCAACUUUUAACAGCUGCCACACAGAACUUGACACCUACUGUUGUGAAGUAUAAAAAUCUGGAAACAAAGUGAUCCCUCGUAAGCAUUAAUCACAACAAAAAUACAAGAGAAUUGCAGACUCGGUUUGAUUGAGUCUGUACAUGAGCGUUACUAAGUCUUUUGAAAUUUAUACUAUCAAUGUGUUUAUAAUAAUAUUUAAUAAUAAUAAUAAGUUUAACAACAAAAAGACAAUUACUAGUAACUAUAUAAAACAAUGGAGGAAAAAAGCAGAUUUUUUUUUUUACUUUUUUUUCUUGCGUAUAGUAUACUCUUUCUUGUGUCUUCUAAUGCAUAUAUACAUUCUUGUUAUUUCUUAUCUAAUUAAACGUAUAUGACAUGACUUAUAUCAGCUUAUAUUGCAUAUGAAGUUCCAUAUUCGUUAUCCACAAUAUUUAAAUGUGAAAUAUAAAUGCACAAUAGUAUAUGAGAAAUAUAACAAUAUGGUAUAGUACACAUAAACAAUUACCUUAUUGUGAAUCAUUACAAUGAUAGAGUAUGGCUGAAAUUAAGAGGAAAACUGUGUUCUAAGUUGAUUAUCUUAUAAUGCAGAUAAAUAUAAUAGUGGUCAAUGAUAUCUCAACGAGAACAUUUUCUCCAUUCCUUCAACAAUGAUAAGAUAAAUUUAACAGGUGAUUUCAUUUUGAUGUAAGAAUCAAUGUAGUCCUAACAAUACGAUCGAGGCAGAGGUAGAAUCAUGCAAACUAAAAGGCUUGUUACUGAGAUUUAAGCGUGAAUAAAAGGCUUGUUACUGAGAUUUAAGC